AUGCCAAUGCAGAUGAUGAUGAAUCCGCAAGUGAUACUACUGAAGGACGGUACAGAUACGAGCCAAGGAAAGGCUCAGCUACUUUCCAACAUCACCGCUGCACUGGCUGUGGUCGAUAUUUUGCGCACAACGUUGGGACCCUCUGGUUCGGAUAAAUUGAUCGUCGAUUCGAAAGCGGUUAUCUCCAACGACGGAGCGACAAUCAUGAAACUGCUGGACGUCGUUCAUCCGGCAGCUCGCUCGUUAGUUGACAUUGCGCGUGCGCAAGACGCAGAGGUCGGUGAUGGCACGACCUCGGUUGUACUGCUUGCAGGUGAGCUUUUGGCGGAGGCCCGAACACUUGUCGAGGAUGGAAUGGCACCACGGGCCAUCAUCCGAGGUUUUCGUAUGGCGGCUACCCUGGCACAACAGGCCCUUGUAGAUGAAGAUAGCCUUGCAAGUCUGGUCUUUCCUCUGCAUAACAACGACCGGAAGAUGCUGGAACGCAUCGCUUCCACCUCAAUGAACUCGAAAAUUAUCCGGAGUGCCCAAACGCACUUUGCACGUCUAGUGGUCGAUUAUGAGCUUGGAAGAGAGAUAAACAAUGAGUCUCGAGAGCAACCUUCUACUAAUCAACAGCCCUCGUGGCAUACUUCAUCGCGCGACGCUGGUAUAAAGCGAAUUCCGGGAGGCUCGAUGGAGGACUCUGUUCUGGUAAAUGGAAUCGCUUUCAAGAAGACCUUUUCCUAUGCGGGUCACGAGCAGCAACCAAAGCGCAUCGAUGAUCCCCGUGUGUUGCUUCUUAAUGUAGAGUUGGAGCUCAAGGCUGAACGUGACAAUGCCGAGCUACGCAUCGCGGGUGUCGCUGACUAUGCUGCGAUAGUUGAAGGAGAGUGGACAAUACUACACCAAAAACUUGAACGGAUUGUGGAAGUCGGCGCCACCGUUGUCCUCUCAAGACUUCCCAUUGGAGACGUUGCCACGCAAUAUUUUGCCGAUCGUGGUCUUUUUUCCGCUGGUCGUGUGCCAAUGGAAGACCUCCAGAGGUUGAGUAAAGCUUUGGUUGUUCCCGUUGUUUCGACAGUAGCCGCCGGGGAGCCUUUGGAGGCUGCCGUUGGCCAUUGUGCUAUAUUUGAAGAGCGCCAGGUUGGUGCUGAGCGUUUCAACUUUUUUUCCGGGUUUGCCAAUGAAAGUGCCAUCUCAACGUUUCUACUGCGCGGUGGCUCUGAUCAAUUUAUUGCAGAGGUAGAGCGCUCAUUGCAUGAUGCUUUAAUGGUGGUUCAGCGCGCGCUGCGCCACCGUCGCCUUUCUGUUGGCGGUGGUGCCACGGAAAUGGCACUCUCAAGGAUUCUUCGAGAGGCUGCUCGUGCUAUCCCUUCACGUCUGCAACGUGUAGUGCAAGCCUAUGCUCGUGCACUUGAGGUCAUCCCCCGGCAGCUCUGCUAUAAUGCUGGCAUCGAUGCAGUCGAUGUUUUAGCAUUGCUCCGCAAGCGGCACGCGCAGCCCGAAAGCCCCACCGCAGAAACCACGCCGAUACCCUACAGCGGACGCUUCUAUGGCGUCAACUUAGCUGCCAGUGGCGGCGACCUGGUGGCCAAUCUCAAGGAAGAAUUUGUUUGGGAGCCGACUAUCGUCAAGGAAAACAUGAUUUCUGCGGCCACGGAGGCUGCUACUCUUAUUCUCUCUGUCGACGAAACAAUAAGAGCCGUACCACCACCGCCUAUGAAGUAG